AUGAUUGUAGUUUGUUACUAACUACGAAUUUGAGGUUGUUGUGAUUUGAUGUAACUCCAAGCAAACUUAAUUUGCCAAUGUAGUUAAUUGAAUAGCAGUGCUUAAUUAUGGCAGAUAAAUAGUAUAGUAUAUUUCAUUGCUUCCUGGUAAAGAUAUUCUUGCUUAAGCAAAAAAUCUUAGUGGUUCUCUUCACAUUGUGCAUGACUCUGACUCCCCUUAUAUCUAAGCCCUCAUUCUUGAUCGCACAAAUAAAUCAUGAAUAAUUUGUGGAGUUUUUCCCUUUUGAUCUCGAUUUUGUUGAUCCAAGAUUCGUGGGCUUGGGUUGUUUCCACAGGAGAUUUCAACAAGGAUUUCUUUGUGACAUGGUCAGCUAACCAUGUUAAUACAUCUGCGGAUGGUCAAACCAGAAGCUUACUUCUUGACAAGGAUUCAGGUUCGGGUUUUGCUUCAAAUGAGAUGUUCUUGUUUGGGCAGUUUGACAUGAAAAUUAAGUUGGUGGCAGGGAACUCAGCAGGCACAGUUGUGGCCUUUUAUCUGACAUCUGAUGAACCGAAUAGGGAUGAGCUGGAUUUCGAGUUCUUGGGCAAUGUAGAUGGACAGCCUUAUACACUACAAACUAAUGUAUAUGCAAAUGGAUUGGAUAACAGAGAGCAGAGGAUCACCCUCUGGUUUGAUCCAACUAAAGAUUUCCACACCUACUCUAUACUUUGGAAUCUCUACCAAAUCGUGUUCAUGGUGGAUUGGGUUCCGAUCAGGACGUACAGAAACCACGCGGACAAAGGCGUGGCGUUUCCGAGGUGGCAGGGGAUGAGCGUGCAGGCGAGUUUUUGGAACGGCGAGAGCUGGGCCACCAACGGCGGGAAAGAUAGGAUCGAUUGGAGCAAAGCACCGUUUGUGGCGUCGUUUAAGGAGCACAAGAUUGAUGCGUGCGUUUGGAAGGGAAAUGGAGGAAGCUGCGCCGAUAAAAGCCCCACAAAUUGGUGGAAUAAUCAGAGAUUCAACACCUUAACAUGGGCGCAGAGAAGGCUGCUGAGAUGGGUCAGGAAAUACUAUGUCACGUAUGAUUAUUGCCAGGAUUAUCACAGGUUUAAUAAUACUCUGCCUAAAGAGUGUUUGCUUCCCAAGUAUUGAUAUGUAUUAAUUAAUUAUUCAUGAGGCAUUAUGUAUGAGAGCUUAAUUAAUUGGAGUGUGAUUAUUUAAUUUA